AUGCCUCCCGGGAGAGGUGCGAUAGCGCAGGGGGUAGCUAGUGGUCAGAUUGGAGGAGCGUAUGGACCGUAUUCAUAUAACCCCUCAACCUUGCGGGAGCAGCCCGGUUCUCGCUUCAGUGCUGCGCCCUCCGAGGUCUCCUCAUACACUGGCGAAAAGCCAGCUGGACCAGUAGGAAACUCUUCUACCAUACCCGCUUAUCUGUGGGACACAAAGGAUCCCGAUCUCGAUGACGCACUCCAUAAUCCCGACCCCAGACAAGAUGCGGCCCUUGAUAGGUCAUUCACUCUUUUCUCCGCCCGCGGGUGGCUGAACGCAGGCGCUCUCUUUAUACUCGUCGUCGGCCUCAUCACUCUAUUCGCCGGGUACCCUAUCAUUCACUACUACACCACUCACGAGGCCGCGAGCACGGGUUAUAACUUAGGAGGCAUCAAUGGCUCGGGUCAGGUUCCUCAGCUUCCCGGUAUGCCAGGCCUCAUCGACACUUCUACGCCCAGCAGCGUGAUGUAUCGCAAGGGCCAUGAUGGAUAUGAGUACGAACUGGUAUUCAGCGACGAGUUCAAUAAAGACGGGCGCACUUUCUGGCCAGGUGACGAUCCGUUCUGGGAAGCUGUCGACUUGCAUUACUGGCCUACGGGUGAUCUCGAGUGGUACUCCCCUCAGUCAGUUACCACUAAGGAUGGCAACCUCGUGCUUACCGUUACCGAGCAACCUAUAAACAAUCUGAAUUUCAUGAGUGGCAUGCUUCAAUCGUGGAACAAACUUUGUUUCACCACGGGAUACAUCGAGGUGAACGUCAGCAUGCCCGGGACCCCUCAGGGUCCUGGUUUCUGGCCAGCCAUUUGGACCCUCGGUAACUUGGGCCGCGCUGGUUAUGGUGCGACAACGGAGGGAACCUGGCCAUAUAGUUACGCUGCUUGCGACUUGGGAACAUUCCCAAACCAGACGGAUAAAAGUGGCAAUCCUACCGCGGAUGCCACCGGUAGUCCUAGUGGAGACCCGCUGAGCUUCCAGCCUGGUCAACGUGUAUCAGCUUGCACCUGCCCCGGGGGUGACCAUCCAGGUCCCAACGUUGGGGUUGGUCGUGGAGUGCCCGAGAUUGAUAUUUUUGAGACUCAGGUCGACGUUUCUAUCUUCAAGGGCCAGGUCUCGCAGAGUUUCCAGGUUGCACCUUACAACUAUGAAUACGUUUUCACCAACACAACACCUGCCACGAACCUUAUAGGCGCAACAACCGGACUUGAAACCCAGUUCAACUCCUACACGGGUAGUAUAUACCAGCAAGCCCUUUCUGCUCUGUCAUACAUCAGUAGUAGUGCGUACAGUGGCACGGGUUUUGCCACCUAUGGUUUCGAGUGGUGGUCUGACCCCAACGAUCGUUCCUCUGGACAAAUUACCUGGUACGCCAUGGGCCAACCUGCAUGGUCAAUCACGGCUGCUUCCCUUGCGGGCGACUCCACUUCUCAGAUAUCAAGCCGUAUAAUCCCUGAAGAACCUGUUUCCAUCGUCAUGAAUCUUGGUUUGUCGCCGAGUUUCCAGGAACAAGAUUUCCAGCACAUGAAAUUCCCGAGUGCCAUGUACAUUGAUUACGUACGCGUAUAUCAGCGCCAAGGUGUAAAGAACGGGCUCACUUGCGACCCGCCCAAUUAUCCGACUGCGGACUAUAUUAACAACCAUAUGAAUGCUUUUACUAACCCCAACCUCACCACCUGGGCUCAAGCCGGGUAUACCUUCCCUCGUAACAGCAAGUACGAUGGCUGUUAA